GUGGAAUUCCCUCAUGCAGGAGUUUGCACUGGAUGCCUUUACAAAGCUGGAUACUCUGGGAGCAGCGUGGGCUGAUGGAAUAGGAACUAGCCUGAGCGAUCUUUAUGAGCUGAGAUCCUGCACAUCGCAGAAGGGUUUGUUUCUCCGCGCAAAAGCUGGGACCCUGUAGAAACCUGCUUUAAAAAACAAGUGACCAAAAUACUCAAAUGCACCAGACUUCUUCAUGAACUCGCCAUGAAUAUAUUUUUCAUUUUUUUGGCAGAAACGUGUGUGGAACUUUCUCUGGAGGAACCGAGGAUUUUUGUAGUUGGUCUUCUAGUAUUUUAAAUCUGAGGACCCAGUAGAGUCUUUUCUGCAGUGAUGAGGGAGUGACAAGUUGGAGUUUCUGUCAGUGCACCUGGAAACUGUGAGCAGCUAAAGCCUGCUGCCAAGCCCCCAAUGGGACCAAGGCCAAGCUCCUGCGCUCCUCACAGGGAUGAAGGUAGAGCCAUGUUACCUGCUACCUAAGCUCUCUGGUGCUGAUGUGGUUUGUGGAUAUGGUCCCAGACCAGGCUCCGUGCACAGACUCUCAGCUCUGAUCCCACCUGAGACGUUUUAGCAGCAGCAGAGACCCCAGCUGUGGAGUGGGCUCCCCCGACCACCCCGUGACGGAGGGCCUGCAGCGCUGGAGAGUUACUAUGCAGCUUGGACUGCUUGUGGUGGUGGUUUUUCUAAGCUCGAUGGAUCUAACAGGCAGCAGCAAAGUGGUGAAGGGCAAGAGGCAAAGACGAAUCAGCACUGAACUGAGUCAGGGCUGUGCCAGAGGCUGCGACCUGUGCUCUGAGUUCAAUGGGUGCCUGAGGUGUUCCCCCAAACUCUUCAUCCUUCUGGAGAGGAACGAUAUCCGACAAAUUGGGAUCUGCCUGCCUUCUUGUCCACUGGGAUACUUUGGCCUUCGCAAUACAGACAUGAACAAGUGCAUCAAAUGCAAAAUUGAGAACUGUGAGUCCUGUUUCAGUCGAAACUUUUGCACAAAAUGUAAGGAAGGUUUGUAUUUGCACAAAGGGAGAUGUUACGUCACGUGCCCCGAAGGCUACGCUGCUGCCAACGGCACCAUGGAGUGCAGCAGUCCUGCACAAUGUGAAAUGAGUGAGUGGGGGCCCUGGGGGCCCUGCUCCAAGAAGAGGAAGCUCUGUGGCUUCAAGAAGGGCAAUGAAGACCGAACCCGGCGGAUUCUGCAGGCUCCCUCUGGAGACGUGUCCCUGUGCCCACCCACCACAGAGGUGCGCAGAUGCACUGUGCAGAAGAGCCAGUGCCCUGAAGGGAAAAGGAAGAAAAAGGAAGAGCAAGGAAAGCAAGAUAAUGGAAAUAGAAAUCGGAAAGACACCAAAGACACUAAGUCUGGCACGAAGAAGAGGAAGAGCAAACAGAGAGGGGCCGUGGUGCCUGUGACGCCUGCCAGCCCUGCCCAGUAGCUGGCCCUGCGCGUCACCGAUGGCAAGACUCCAUUGCUGCUAUGUAUAUGAAAGCUUUAUUGAACAGAGCACUGCUACACCACACCUACACGUGUCCAGACAGACAUAUACUCCAGACUGAUCCAGAGACCAACAGAGGCCAUGCACACAAUACUUCAGGAGGCUGCACACACCCGGGCCCGGGAAGGACAGAAGGACACUGCCGAGGAGAGGAAGCGCACACAGAGAGGGGAAGCCCAAGGGUCCAGGGCUCUGCGGGGACACUGCGGGGAGGAGAGGUGGAGCAUGAGCCAGCAAAGGACACAGAUGUGAGAUUUCAUGACCAAAGGCCUCAACUGGAGCCUGAGUGCGUGGCCCCACACAGCCCCAGUGCAGCCCCACAGAGCCAGGGGAUGACUGGACUUGCACGGCUGCUCACCCCAACCCGGGACCCAGACACACAUGGCAGUGGCCUCUUUCUCUUUCCCAUACCCUUUAUUUUGUGUUUUAAGCUGUAUGACUUUAUCAUUGCAAAUACAUGUUAAAAGUUUGUGGUAAGAAGUCAGUGGUAUCUGCCCUGAAUCUGCUUCAAAGAAUUAUUUCAAAUUAAAAAAAAAAAAAAAAACCAACAAAAAAAAAUCCCCAAAAAAACCCCAAAAA